CCCGCGGUCCGCGCCCGCCCCGCCCCGCCGUGCAUUUAGCGGUUUUCCGCAUCGGGACACCGUUGCUGCUGCUGGGCGAGCCACAGCCGGAGCCUCCGCGAGAGCUGGUGCCGGGUGGGCCGGGGGCGCGGGCCGUGGCGGCGGUACUGGCCCAGCUCCGGGCUCCGGGCUGGGUCCCCAGUGACAGCGCCGCCCGGGCAAUGCCCGCGGGGACGCCGCUGGCCACCGGAGCGAGGUGCUGCUCUCUGCCACCAUGACCGAGGGCACGCUGGCCGCGGACGAGGUCCGAGUGCCCCUGGGCGCUUCGCCUCCGGCCCCUGCAGCGCCGGUGAGGGCUUCCCCAGCGAGCCCUGGGGCGCCUGGGCGCGAGGACCAGCGAGGAUCCGGGUCCGGCGUGUUGGCUCCCGAGAGCCCAGCGACCGAGUGUGGUGCGGACCUGGGCGCCGACGAGGAACAGCCCGUCCCAUACCCGGCACUGGCGGCCACGGUCUUCUUCUGCCUUGGGCAAACCACGCGGCCACGCAGCUGGUGCCUCCGACUGGUUUGUAACCCGUGGUUCGAGCACAUCAGCAUGCUGGUCAUCAUGCUGAACUGCGUGACGCUCGGCAUGUUCCGGCCCUGCGAGGAUGUUGAGUGCCGCUCAGAACGUUGCAGCAUCUUGGAGGCCUUUGACGACUUCAUCUUUGCCUUCUUUGCUGUGGAGAUGGUUAUCAAGAUGGUGGCUUUGGGGCUCUUUGGGCAGAAGUGCUACCUGGGUGACACCUGGAACAGGCUGGACUUCUUCAUUGUCAUGGCGGGUAUGAUGGAGUAUUCUCUGGACGGACACAACGUGAGCCUCUCUGCCAUCCGCACGGUGCGUGUGCUGCGGCCCCUCCGCGCCAUCAAUCGGGUCCCUAGCAUGCGGAUCUUGGUCACUCUGCUGCUGGACACCCUGCCCAUGCUUGGGAAUGUCCUUCUGCUCUGCUUCUUCGUCUUCUUCAUCUUCGGCAUCGUCGGGGUCCAGCUCUGGGCUGGCCUGCUGCGGAACCGCUGCUUCCUGGACAGCGCCUUUGUCAGGAACAACAACCUGACCUUCCUGCGUCCAUACUACCAAACAGAGGAGGGUGAGGAGAACCCUUUCAUCUGCUCCUCACGCCGCGACAAUGGCAUGCAGAAGUGCUCGCACAUCCCCAGCCGUCGUGAGCUUCGUGUGCAAUGCACACUUGGCUGGGAGGCCUAUGGGCAGCCACAGGCUGAGGAUGGGGGUGCUGGCCGCAAUGCCUGUAUCAACUGGAACCAGUACUACAACGUGUGCCGCUCGGGGGAAUUCAACCCUCACAAUGGCGCCAUCAACUUCGACAACAUAGGCUACGCGUGGAUCGCCAUCUUUCAGGUCAUCACACUGGAGGGCUGGGUGGACAUCAUGUACUACGUCAUGGACGCCCACUCAUUCUACAACUUCAUCUACUUCAUCCUGCUCAUCAUCGUGGGCUCCUUCUUCAUGAUCAACCUGUGCCUGGUGGUGAUCGCCACGCAGUUCUCGGAGACAAAGCAGAGGGAGAACCAGCUGAUGCGUGAACAGCGGGCCCGCUAUCUGUCCAACGACAGCACUCUGGCCAGCUUCUCCGAGCCUGGCAGCUGCUAUGAGGAGCUCCUCAAGUAUGUGGGCCACAUCUUCCGCAAGGUUAAGCGCCGUAGCCUGCGCCUGUAUGCCCGCUGGCAGAGCCGCUGGCGCAAGAAGGUGGACCCCAGCAGCACCCUGCAUGGCCAAGGUCCCGGGCGGCGGCCGCGACGGCCCGGCAGACGCACAGCUUCUGUGCACCACCUGGUCUACCAUCACCACCACCACCACCAUCACCAUUACCACUUCAGCCACAGUGGCCCACGCAGGCCCAGCCCAGAGCCAGGUGCUGGCGACACCAGGUUGGUCCGCGCCUGUGUGCCCCCCUCGCCACCAUCCCCAGGCCAUGGGCCGCCCGACUCUGAGUCUGUGCACAGUAUCUACCAUGCUGACUGCCAUGUGGAGGGGCCACAGGAAAGAGCCCGGGUGGCACACUCCACAGCCACUGCUGCCAGUCUCAAGCUAGCCUCGGGUUUGGGCACCAUGAACUAUCCCACCAUCCUGCCUUCGGGAACAGUCACCAGCAAAGGUGGCACCAGCCAACGGCCCAAGGGCCUACGGGGUGCUGGAACUGCAGGGGCGGCAGCACACAGUCCUCUGAGCCUGGGCAGCCCCAGCCCCUACGAGAAGAUCCAGCAUGUGGUUGGGGAGCAAGGACUAGGCCGAGCCUCUAGCCACCUGUCUGGCCUGAGUGUGCCUUGCCCCCUGCCCAGCCCCCAGGCGGGCACUCUGACCUGUGAGCUGAAGAGCUGCCCAUAUUGUGCCAGCGCCCUGGAGGACCCCGAGUUUGAUUUCAGUGGCUCGGAGAGCGGAGACUCGGAUGCCCAUGGAGUCUAUGAGUUUACCCAGGAUGUACGACAUGGAGAUUGCCGGGAUCCUGUGCAACAGCCCAGUGAAGUGGACACACCAGGUCGUGGCAGUGAGAGGCGGCGGCCACCACGGCGGACAACCUCAGAGCCAGGAGGACUAGGCCGCCUCUGGGCUUCCUUCAGUGGCAAGCUGCGUCGCAUCGUAGACAGCAAGUACUUCAACAGGGGCAUUAUGGCAGCCAUCCUUGUCAACACUCUGAGCAUGGGCGUUGAGUAUCAUGAGCAGCCUGAUGAGCUGACCAAUGCACUGGAGAUAAGCAACAUCGUGUUUACCAGCAUGUUCGCGCUGGAGAUGCUGCUGAAGUUGCUGGCCUGUGGGCCUCUGGGCUACAUCCGGAACCCCUACAACAUCUUUGAUGGCAUUGUUGUUGUCAUCAGCGUCUGGGAGAUUGUGGGGCAGGCGGACGGUGGUUUGUCCGUACUCCGCACUUUCCGGCUGCUGCGGGUGCUGAAGCUGGUACGUUUCCUGCCGGCCCUGCGGCGGCAGCUGGUGGUGCUCAUGAGGACCAUGGAUAAUGUGGCCACCUUCUGCAUGUUACUCAUGCUCUUCAUCUUCAUCUUCAGCAUCCUGGGAAUGCACCUAUUUGGCUGUAAGUUCAGCCUGAAGACAGACUCUGGAGACACCGUCCCUGACAGGAAGAACUUUGACUCUCUGCUGUGGGCCAUCGUCACUGUGUUCCAGAUCCUGACGCAGGAAGACUGGAACGUGGUCCUCUACAAUGGCAUGGCUUCUACCUCCUCCUGGGCCGCCCUGUACUUUGUGGCCCUGAUGACCUUUGGGAACUAUGUGCUCUUCAAUCUGCUGGUAGCCAUCCUGGUGGAAGGCUUCCAGGCAGAGGGUGACGCCACCAGAUCUGACACGGAUGAGGACAAGACAUCUACCCACUUAGAGGAAGAUUUUGAUAAGCUCAGGGAUCUUCAAAGCACAGAGAUGAAGAUGUACUCACUGGCUGUGACCCCUAACGGGCACCUAGAGGGCCGGGGCAGCCUGCCUCCUCCUCUGAUCACGCACACAGCGGCUACGCCUAUGCCGACUCCCAAGAGCUCCCCACACCUGGAUGUGGCCCAUGUUCUCCUGGACUCACCACACAGCAGCAGUGGCCCUGUGGACCCCCAGCUGGGGGACCAGAAGUCUCUGGCCAGCCUCCGCAGCUCCCCUUGUGCCCCUUGGGGUCCCAACAGCGCCGGGAGCAGCCGACGCUCCAGCUGGAACAGCCUGGGCCGUGCACCCAGCCUCAAACGCCGUAGCCAGUGUGGGGAACGUGAGUCUCUGCUCUCUGGUGAGGGAAAGGGCAGUACAGAUGAUGAGGCUGAGGAUGGCAGGCCAGGCACAGGAGGCCACCCAGGAGCCUCGCCCGGGCCCCGGGCCACCCCGCUGCGGCGUGCCGAGUCGUUGGAUCCCUGCAGCGCACUGGACCUGUGCCCCCCACGGCCUGCCGCCCUCCUACCCAAGUUCCAUGACUGCAACGGGCAGAUGGUAGCCCUGCCCAGCGAGUUCUUCCUGCGAAUCGACAGCCACAAGGAAGAUGCCGCCGAGUUUGACGAUGACAUAGAGGAUAGCUGCUGUUUCCGCCUACACAAAGUGCUAGAACCCUAUGCGCCUCAGUGGUGCCGCAGCCGGGAGUCCUGGGCCCUGUACCUCUUCCCACCGCAGAACAGGCUACGGGUCUUCUGCCAGAAAGUCAUCGCACACAAGAUGUUUGACCACGUGGUCCUUGUCUUCAUCUUCCUCAACUGCAUCACCAUUGCCUUGGAGAGGCCAGACAUCGACCCAGGCAGCACCGAGAGGGCCUUCCUCAGCGUCUCCAACUACAUCUUCACAGCCAUCUUCGUGGUAGAGAUGAUGGUGAAGGUGGUAGCCCUGGGACUGCUGUGGGGUGAGCAUGCCUACCUGCAGAGCAGCUGGAAUGUGCUGGAUGGGCUUCUUGUCCUGGUGUCCCUGGUUGACAUCAUCGUGGCCAUGGCCUCAGCUGGCGGUGCCAAGAUCCUCGGCGUCCUGCGUGUGUUGCGCCUGCUUCGGACCCUGCGGCCUCUGAGGGUCAUCAGCCGAGCUCCAGGCCUCAAGCUGGUUGUAGAGACUCUGAUAUCAUCGCUCAGGCCCAUUGGGAACAUCGUCCUCAUCUGCUGCGCCUUCUUCAUUAUCUUCGGCAUCCUCGGGGUGCAGCUUUUCAAGGGUAAAUUCUACUACUGUGAGGGUACAGAUACCAGGAAUAUCACCACCAAGGCCGAGUGCCAGGCUGCCCACUACCGCUGGGUGAGGCGGAAGUACAAUUUUGACAACCUGGGUCAGGCGCUGAUGUCCCUGUUUGUGCUGUCGUCCAAGGAUGGCUGGGUGAACAUCAUGUAUGAUGGGCUGGAUGCUGUGGGCAUUGACCAGCAGCCCGUGCAGAACCACAACCCCUGGAUGCUGCUGUACUUCAUCUCCUUCCUGCUCAUCGUCAGCUUCUUCGUGCUCAACAUGUUCGUGGGUGUGGUGGUGGAGAACUUCCACAAGUGCCGCCAGCACCAGGAGGCCGAGGAGGCGCGGCGGCGCGAGGAGAAGCGGCUGCGGCGCCUGGAGAGGAGGCGCAGGAGCACUUUCCCCAACCCAGAGGCCCAGCGCCGGCCCUACUAUGCAGACUAUUCACAUACGCGCCGCUCCAUCCAUUCGCUAUGCACCAGCCACUACCUGGACCUCUUCAUCACCUUCAUCAUCUGCCUCAAUGUCAUCACCAUGUCCAUGGAGCACUACAACCAGCCCAAGUCUCUGGAUGAGGCCCUCAAGUACUGCAACUACAUCUUUACCAUUGUCUUCGUCUUUGAGGCUGCACUGAAGCUGGUGGCCUUCGGGUUCCGGAGGUUCUUCAAGGACAGGUGGAACCAGCUGGACUUGGCCAUAGUCCUCCUGUCCAUCAUGGGCAUUGCGCUGGAGGAAAUUGAGAUGAACGCUGCCCUGCCCAUCAACCCCACCAUCAUCCGCAUCAUGCGCGUGCUUCGCAUCGCCCGUGUGCUGAAGCUACUGAAGAUGGCCACAGGCAUGCGUGCCCUGCUGGAUACUGUGGUUCAAGCUCUGCCUCAGGUAGGGAACCUUGGUCUUCUUUUCAUGCUCCUGUUUUUUAUCUAUGCUGCCCUGGGAGUGGAGCUGUUUGGGAGGCUAGAGUGCAGCGAGGACAACCCCUGUGAGGGCCUGAGCAGGCAUGCCACCUUCACCAACUUUGGCAUGGCCUUCCUCACACUGUUCCGAGUAUCCACGGGGGACAACUGGAAUGGGAUCAUGAAGGACACUCUCCGUGAAUGCGCCCAUGAGGACAAGCACUGCCUCAGCUACCUGCCCGCCCUCUCGCCCGUCUACUUCGUCACCUUCGUGCUGGUUGCCCAGUUUGUGCUGGUCAACGUGGUGGUGGCCGUGCUCAUGAAACACCUGGAGGAGAGUAACAAGGAGGCCCGUGAGGAUGCCGAGAUGGAUGCCGAGAUCGAACUGGAGAUGGCUCAGGGCUCCGCAUCCCAGCCCCUGUCUGGAGCGCAGGAAAGCCCGGGUAGCCAGCCAGACACUCCAAACCUCCUGGUCGUGCGCAAAGUGUCUGUGUCCAGGAUGCUCUCGCUGCCCAAUGACAGCUACAUGUUCCGGCCCGUGGCUCCCGCUGCUGCACCACACGCUCACCCACUGCAGGAGGUGGAGAUGGAGACCUACACAGGUAGUGUCCCUUCAGGCCCGGUCACCUCUGCUCACUCGCCGCCCCUGGAGCCCCGUGCCUCCUUCCAGGUCCUGUCCGCUGCAUCCUCUCCAGCCAGGGUCAGCGAUCCCCUUCAUGCCCUUUCACCCCGGGGUACACCCCGCUCUCUGAGCCUCUCACGACUACUCUGCAGACAGGAGGCCAUGCACACCGAGUCCCUGGAAGGGCAGGUUGAUGACCCUGGAGAAGACAACGUACCAGACCACACAAAGCCUGCUGAAAAUACCUCCACGAGGCAGGUGUCCCUGGGCUCCCUGCGGUCCCCUCCCUGCUCCCCACGACCUGCCAGUGUCCGUACCCGCAAGCACACUUUCGGACAGCGCUGCAUCUCUAACCGCCCUCCUGCCCUGGGAGGAGACGAGGCUGAAGCAGCGGACCCAGCAGAUGAGGAGGUCAGCCACAUCACCAGCUCAGCCCACCCCUGGCCGGCUACAGAGCCCCACAGCCCAGAGGCCUCCCCAACAGCCUCCCCUGCUGCCAAAGGGGCAGUGGGUAGUGGGCGGGACCCACACAGGUUCUGCAGUGUAGAUGCUCAGAGCUUCCUGGACAAACCAGGCCGGGCGGAUGCACAGCGGUGGCCCUCUGUGGAACUGGAUAGUGGAGACAGCCACCUAGAGUCCGGGGAGGGAAGGGGCCGGGCCUCAGAGCUUGAGCCAGCUCUCGGAGCACGAAGGAAGAAGAAGAUGAGCCCCCCCUGCAUCUCCAUUGACCCUCCCACUGAGGAUGAGGGUUCCUCUCGGCCCCCUGCGGCCGAAGGUGGCAAUACUACCCUGAGGCGCCGAACCCCAUCCUGCGAGGCUGCCCUCCACAGGGACUGCCCAGAGUCCACUGAGGGCCCAGGCACUGGAGGGGACCCUGUAGCCAAGGGUGAGCGUUGGGGCCAGGUUUCCUGCCAAGCAGAGCACCUGACUGUCCCCAACUUUGCCUUCGAGCCUCUGGACAUGGUGGGACCUGGUGGAGACUCUUUCUUGGACAGUGACCAAAGUGUGACCCCAGAACCCAGAGUUUCUUCUUCGGGGGCUAUAGUGCCUCUGGUACACCAUGAAACUGAACCUUCUGUGCCCUCUGAUGACCCCCCAGAGAAGGGGCAAGGACUGUACCUCACUGUGCCCCAGACCCCCUUGAAGAAACCAGGGUCUCCCCCAGCCACCCCUGCCCCAGAUAACAGUGGAGAUGAGCCUGUGUAGAUUGGGCUGUGCGUACACAGGGAUUUGGCAUUCAGGUGGGUGGCUCCCCUGCAGGGUGGUAGCCCCAGUCAGGGCCAUGAGUGGACCCUGGCUCAGGCCCUACUGAGGCAAAGGGACCCGGAGAUGUCACCCCGGGAGAGGCAGCAGACAUUCGGUCUCUGCACCAUGACACAGGAGCGGCCUCGGGCCCCACGAGCCUCCCUCGUGGUGAUUCAGGUUUGGGUUUUUCUGAGUUUUAACCACCACCAUCUGAAGUCAUACCAGGACCAGGUUAUUAGUCUCAAGAGGAGAGGCUACGUCCUGGGAAGGACCAGAAGCUCCUCAUGGGCAGGAGGGCACCACAGAUCCAUCCAUAUGACACAGAUUUCCAUAGGGAGCACACGCUUGAGCCCCUUGUGCCCUGGUGGGCAGACACUUGGUCCUGUAGCCACCACAUCCCAUAUCACCUUCAUUCACAGUCCUGUUCCUGUCCAUCAUGCGCCAUUCUUCCUUCUCACACUAUCCUAUUCCAUCCUCUUAGACGGUCUAGAAACUUCUCGGUGACCCUGGGAAGGGCCACAUCACCAAGGAGUACUGGCCCGUGCAAUAAGAUAUCACAGUCCCAACUGCUCGGGGCUUCCCAUUCCAUCCCAGGCCUCUGGCCCCGACAUUCAUCUGCCAUCCGUUUGCUUUGUCAUCUGUUUUACACAUUCAGGUUCAACGUUGCAAUAAUCUGAUGCAGAAAACUUGGCUUCCUAAGUCAAAGAUAAGGGAGGGAAGGGGCAAAGCAAAGCUGAAUAAACACUAACUUAUUUAAGAAAUA